AUGCCCCUGAAUGCCUGGCACCAGGAGGCGGUGACUUUCAAGGAUGCGGCUGUCUACUUCACUCGGACAGAAUGGGCUGGCCUUUCUCCUGCACAGAGAGACCUGUACAGGGAGGUGAUGCUGACAAAUUAUGGGAACUUGACUUCCCUGGGUAAGGCUACUUCAUACCCAGUUUGCAGACUUGCCCUGAUCUCACUUCUGGAAGGAGGGGACUUGCCUUGGGGUCUGGAGCCACAGGACGAUCCCCCUGCAGAGGGUACCAGAAAUGUGCGAAAGAACAUAGAGACCAACAUUGACAGUGAGUCCACAUCAACUCAGGGAAUUUCUGAAGAAAGAGGUGUGAUGAUAUCACAUGGGCUGCCACAGAGUGUUUCUCUGGAAAGUGACUUUCCAGAGACAUGUGAACCAGAGAAAUACCAGGAAAUCCUCACGGUGAAACAUACUAGAAGAAAGGAUGAGAGUAUCGUCUCUUCAAGGAAACACUUCAGAUGUGAGGAGUGUGGGAGAUGCUUUUCUUCUUACUACGUUAGACACCAGAGAAUCCACACUGGGAAGAAACCCUUUGAGUGUAAUGAGGGUGGGAAAUCCUUUAAUGGCAAUUCUUCAUUAAUUCGGAACCAGAGAAUCCAUAUUGGAGAAAAACCCUAUCAGUGUGAGGAAUGUGGGCGAGCCUUUAAUAAUAGUACAGAUCUGAUCAGGCAUCAGAGAAUCCACAGUGGAGACAGGCCCAGUGUCUGCCAGGGGUAUGGAAAUGGCUUCCUCAGUAGUUCUGAGUUGGUUAUACUAGAGUGGGAGAAACUUUAUGAAUUUAAUGAGUAUGGAAAAGCUUUCACUGUUAAGUCAAUACUAAGUAGGCAUCAGAGGAUCCACAGUGGAGAGAAACCAUAUGAGUGUCUCAAAUGUGGGAAAACCAUUGGAACUUCCUCCGCUACAUCAUCAUGUAUGCUCACCCUAGAGAGAGACCUGUCCUGA